UUGUCAGUCUCACAGGACCCGUGUUCCCAUUGAUGCUGGGACGCCACUCCUCUGACCUCUGUGCGACUUGGCCCGAGGAGAAGGAAGUGAGUUUGAGGACAGGACUCUGGACUCUAGACUCUUCUGCAGUCGCAGAUGAUGUCCUCCCCUGCAGCUCUGGUGUCCGGUGGAGAUGUGACGGUGAUCAGGUUGUGCUGUGUUCGCAGAGAGGGAGCGGGAUGUGUGUGAUGGGCUGCAGAGCGCAGUGUGUGGAUAAAGUGUUCCUCGAGGUUUACGUAACCCCUGCAUUAGUGGGAAGACACAGUAACCACCUCCAGAUGUGAGAGCGCGCAAUCUGACUGAUUAUUUACAACGAGACCAAUGAACAUCGCCCUCCCCGCAUCAUGAGCCUUAAUCUUUGCUCCUUUGUCAAUGCCCAAGUUAAUGCCUAAUCUUGGUAGAGACCAUUAAUAGCUGAGGCCAAGCCCUGUUUAUGGGAGGAAGGUUACUUAGAUGUGCACGGAUCAGAUGUUGCAGACCAGAGUCACACAGGCUCAGGGACUCGUCAGCCUCAUCUCUACCAGAGGAGCAACCAGACCUCCAGGACUGAGUGAAGGGAGCAGCCACCAUGACGAAGAACUCCUGCAAUACCAAGCUCAUCGCCGGGGCCUUCAUCGUCCUGACGGUCUCUGUCAUCGCCGGCAUCAUCACCAUGAUCAUUUUCUACAAGACUCAGAUCGGCUCGAUGAACCCGACAGACCGCCCCCCCUUCGUAACCACCACCGAGCCGCCGCCACCUGACAGGCGGCUGCCGAAGAACCUGGUACCUGAGAGCUACGAGGUCUUCCUGAAGACUCACUUCUACCACCGGAUCAUUGAGGUGGUGAACGUCACCACUCCCAACCAGACCACCGUCUUCAAUGGAAACUCCACAGUUAACAUGAAGUGCGUCCAGUCGACGAGCAGCAUCUACCUCCACAGCAGAAGGCUGGAAGUUUCCGACCCGGUGGUGAUGAACAGAGACAACCCCAAUGAGGAGAUACGUUCCUCCGUGGUGUAUCCUGGGGAAGCUGAUUUUUUGGAGAUCCAGCUGAACGUGGCGUUGGAGGCAGGAGGAAACUACAGCUUGUUUCUGAAUUUUAAGGGACAGUCAUUGGAGUAUAUGGAUGGACUGUUCCUCAGCAUGUAUUCAGAAGGUGUCCCUGAAUAUGAAGGUGAUAUGGAGCCAGCGAGAUUCUUGGCCGCCACCAAUAUGGAGCCAACCUUUGCCAGGACGGCGUUUCCUUGUUUCGACGAGCCUGAGAUGAAGGCUGUGUUUGACAUCACCAUCAUCCACAGGAGAGGCACCAAGGCUCUGAGUAACGCAGUCAUAGCAUCAAAGACCGACAUCAUAGACGAUGAGUGGUGGUUCACUGUAUUCGACCAGACACCGAGGAUGUCCACGUACCUGUUCGCCUUCACGGUUUCAGAGUUUACAUCAAUUGAAUCCGCCCAUGAACGUGUGAAGAUUAACACGUUUGCUCGUCCCGAGGCCAUCGCGGCAGGACAUGCUCAAUACGCCGCCAACAUCACCGGAGAGAUCCUCCAGUUCUACGAGAAGAAGUUUGGAAUCAAUUACUCGCUGAAGAAGCUGGACCAAAUCGCUCUGCCAGACUUGAACCCAACUGCGAUGGAGAACUGGGGACUGGUCACGUACCAGCAGGGAGCUCUGCUCUUUGAGGAGGGGGUGUCCUCGCUGUUGCACAAGGAAUCCAUCGCUAUGAUCAUUGCACAUGAACUAGCUCAUCAGUGGUUUGGAAAUCUAGUGACGAUGAAAUGGUGGAAUGAGGUUUGGCUGAACGAGGGCUUCGCCAACUACAUGGCCUACUUUGCCGUGGAUGCAGUCGAGCCCUCAUUCAAAAUGAAAGACGUGUCUGUCAUGUCUGACCUCCACACGGCGUUCGAGGAGGACGCUCUGGCUGCUUCCCAUCCGCUCACUGUCCCGCCGGGAGAGAUCCAGACCCCUCAUGAGAUCCUCAGCCUGUUCGAUUCAAUCACCUACAGUAAGGGGGCGAUGGUGCUGAGAAUGCUGGCAGACAUCGUGGGUCAAAACGUGUUCGACCGAGGAGUCAAUAUGUACCUCUCGGACUUCAAGUACAGUAACACCGACGAGAAGAACCUGUGGGAUAACAUACAAAAGGCCGUGGACGACGACAAUGGUGUGAUCAAUGAGGUUGGGAAGUUGAUGCACAACUGGACCAAUCAGAAAGGAUAUCCCGUCAUCACCAUCAACACGACGAGCGGACAGGUCGACCAGAAACACUUCCUGUUCAACGACUCGUCUGAAUCGAGGGCCUGUCACAAUGGACUGCCAGAAUGUGUGACCAUGGCUACAGAGAUGUUUGCCCUCUGGAAUGAAAAACGACACCAACAUCAUCCAUCCCAACCUGCGCUCGUCCAUCUACUGCCAGGCGGUGGCCUCCGGGGGGAAGGCUCAGUGGGACUUUGCCUGGAACAAGCUGCAGAGCUCCAACGACACCUCAGAGAUGGAGCAGCUCCGGGCGGCUCUGUCCUGCAGCAGAGAGACCUGGCUGCUCAACAGAUACCUGCAGUACACCUUGGACCCCGAGAAGAUCCGAUUUAUGAGCGUUUGGAACGUUAUCAACCUCAUCGCCCUGAAUCCUUCGGGGCAGGCGCUGGCCUGGAACUUCAUCAGAGCGAACUGGGAGUUUCUCAGUCGGCGCGGCGGACACUCUCUGAUCGCGGUCGUGGCCAGGAGGUUCUCCACAGAGUUCGAACUGGAGGAGCUGGUGCGAUUCGUGACCGACAACGAUCUGGCGUACAUGAAGGAGGAGCAGGCCGUGGAGCAGAUCAGCGUGAACAUCCAGUGGGUGAAGGAGCACCAGGAGAAGAUCCUCCAGUGGUUUGAGAUGGAAACGGCUUCGUAGAGCGACUGAAGUCCUGACGCUCGACAUCAGGGAACAAGAACUGAUCCAGAUCCGGAUUCUGGUCUGAGAAACCGAUCUGCACGACAAAGUAUCACAGCCACUCCGAGGGGGGAAAUUAUCGCCUAAAUGCACAAGAAUAAAGUUGUGAUAUAAGAAGGGGGGGGGGAAGCAUAAUAUUACAAGUAUCAUUACUCUAGGCUACAUGUAUUUUUAGGGGAAGUAUCUGAAGAUCAGCUCCUGUUAAAAUGUUGAAUUCGAAUCGUUUCAACAUUUUAUUCACUGCUUGUUUUCUUAAAUUAUUAAUUAUAUUAUAACUAAUUAUGCGACUUUCUCUUCAAUUACGUCGUCGUAAUAUUCCGACUCCGAUUUCUCGACAUCUCAGAUUUCAUUUUGCAAUUGUGGCCUUUGUACGUGAAGAUCAGAAAACAGAUAAUGAUUUAUUUUAUGUACAGAAUACGUGUAUGCAUUAUUUAUAUAGUAUAUUUUUAAUGGAAACAGUCGUCUGUGAUUUGAGUUGUUUAGCUUCAAUCUGUUCUUGUUGCUCCUGUCUGUUAUCAGAAAUAUUUUUCACUGUAGAAAUUUCACGGAAACUCAUUUGUUUGAUUCAUUUCAUUGUAAAUAUGAGUUUGAUAAGUUUGAUGCAACAGUUAAAUUUGGUGCUAAUUUCCAGAGUCGGAGCCAAAAGACAGAAACCUGUUUGUUGAAGUUUGUCUAUGUUUGUAAUAUAUAUUUUCUAAUCAAGAAAACAAAUUAUUCUUGUAUUUUUACAUAAUAAAAUAUACAUUUUGUGUUCAA